CGGAGACGGACGAGGGAGGCGGAGUUUUCACAAACGCCAUUUUCUCUCCACACGACGGAGGUCGCUCUUGCCUCCCUUACACCGCCUGCUGGUUCGUGUUGCUGUCGUCGCCUUUAUCGUGACUCCUGCCUGUCAGGCUACUGAAGCAAUAGGCUGUUGGUUUUGAUCCCGCCCAGAACACUUCAGUUUUGCUCUGCAAGGAUAUAUAAUCGUUCCAUUUACCAGUCUAAAAAUAAAAGGUAGUGAUGGAGACUGAACAGCAAGAGGAGACCUUUACCAACACAGAGACAAAUGGAAAACGUCCUGCAGAAGAUAUGGAAGAAGAACAGGCUUUCAAAAGAUCUCGCAACACUGAUGAAAUGGUAGAACUGCGCAUCCUGCUUCAGAGCAAAAAUGCUGGAGCAGUGAUUGGAAAAGGUGGCAAAAAUAUUAAGGCACUUCGUACAGACUACAAUGCCAGUGUUUCAGUCCCAGACAGCAGUGGCCCCGAGCGCAUAUUGAGUAUAAGUGCAGAUAUUGAAACAAUUGGAGAAAUUUUGAAGAAAAUUAUCCCUACUUUAGAAGAGUACCAGCACUACAAAGGAAGUGACUUUGACUGCGAGCUAAGGCUGUUGAUUCACCAAAGUCUGGCAGGAGGAAUUAUUGGCGUCAAGGGUGCUAAAAUCAAAGAACUCCGAGAGAACACUCAGACCACCAUUAAACUUUUUCAAGAGUGCUGUCCUCAUUCCACGGACAGAGUAGUGCUUAUUGGUGGAAAGCCUGAUAGAGUUGUGGAAUGCAUCAAGAUCAUCCUGGAUCUUAUAUCAGAGUCUCCAAUCAAAGGACGGGCACAGCCGUAUGAUCCCAAUUUCUAUGAUGAAACAUAUGACUAUGGUGGCUUCACAAUGAUGUUUGAUGAUAGAAGGGGACGUCCGGUAGGAUUUCCAAUGCGUGGAAGGGGAGGCUUUGAUCGAAUGCCUCCUGGUCGUGGUGGGCGUCCCAUGCCACCAUCAAGAAGAGAUUAUGAUGACAUGAGCCCUCGCAGAGGACCCCCUCCUCCUCCUCCAGGUCGUGGUGGCAGAGGUGGUAGCAGAGCACGUAAUCUUCCUCUUCCUCCUCCUCCGCCUCCUCGUGGCGGAGAUCUUAUGUCUUAUGACCGGAGGGGCAGACCUGGAGACCGUUACGAUGGAAUGAUGAUGCAAUGUCAUGUGGACGCCUGUGAUGACAUACAACCACCAGAAUUGACCAGUGGUUCUCAUAUGCAGUUCUCUAUGGGCUACAUGGAGUCACAUGGGUUACAGUUUGAGGGUGGGUCUGGAUAUGACUAUUCUUAUGCAGGGGGUCGUGGAUCAUAUGGUGAUCUCGGUGGACCCAUCAUCACAACACAAGUAACGAUUCCCAAAGAUUUGGCUGGAUCUAUUAUUGGGAAAGGAGGUCAGAGGAUCAAACAAAUACGUCAUGAAUCAGGGGCUUCAAUCAAAAUUGAUGAACCUUUAGAAGGCUCAGAAGACCGGAUAAUAACUAUUACAGGCACACAGGAUCAGAUACAGAAUGCACAGUAUUUACUGCAGAACAGUGUGAAGCAGUAUGCAGAUGUUGAAGGAUUCUAAUGCAAGAUAUUUUUUCUUUUUUAUAGUGUGAAGCAGUAUUCUGGAAAGUUUUUCUAAGACUAGUGAAGAACUGAAGGAGUCCUGCAUCUUUUUUUUUUAUCUGCUUCUGUUUAAAAAGCCAACAUUCCUCUGCUUCAUAGGUGUUCUGCAUUUGAGGUGUAGUGAAAGCUUUGCUGUCCACCAGAUGUAAUGUUUUAGUUCCUUACAAAUAUUUGGGGGGGGAAACAGGGUGGCGCGCGAGACUAACAUUGGAAUUUUGAAACAGCAGCAGAGAGAGUGGUUUUUAUUUUUGUUAGUUGGUGGUAUUCUGUAAUGUUUUUCUGUAACUAUUGUGAACACCCUGCUUUAUGUACACUGUAUUUUUUUUUUUUUUUGAAGGGGGAAAAUAUUAGUAGUCCACAUGUUCCUGGCAUCCAUUCAGAGCAGUGUGCAGAAUGUAAUACUCUUUUGUAAGAAAUGUUUUAUGAUUUUUAAAAUAAAUUUAGUGAAUCUAUA